CUUUCUUCUUCAUUAUGUCUAAAACGGCUUUAGUAUUUGGUGCUACUGGCAUUAGCGGAAUAGCCGCGAUUGACGCUCUACUUCAGGAUUCUUCAUAUGAGAGAAUAAUAGGAAUCAGUAGAAGACCUGUCGAUAGACAAGGUGUUGAUCAUAUCUCGAUUGAUCUCAUCAAUUCAUCUGAUAAUCAGAUUGCUGAUAUUUUGAUCAAAGGUGGUGCUGAUACUUCCACCCACGUCUUCUUCUAUGCUUAUAUCGAUUCACAAGACAUAGAAGAGCAGAACAGCGUAAACAACAAGCUGUUUGAUAAAUCAAUUUCAGCAGUCAGCAAAGCAUGUCCAAAUCUCAAAUCAUUCCAUCUCCAAACAGGCUAUAAAUACUACAUGCCCGGUUUCACAGCCGAGAAAUUUCCGCCACUGCCAUUCAAGGAAGACAGUAAGAGACAAGGACACGUCCCUAACUUCUUCUACUAUCAUCAAGAAGAUAAAUUGGCAAUAGUGGCAGAAGAGAAUGGAUGGAAUUGGACAGUUAGCAGGCCAUGUGCUAUUGCUGGCUACUCGAAAGGCAAUUGGAUGUCUGUGUCUGUUACUGCCGCACUAUAUGCUUUUGGAUGUAAGGAGUUCGGUGAAAACUUGCACUAUCCUGGUCCGCUUAUCUGUUAUGAUAUGGAUUAUGAUAAUAGUACGGCUAAAAAUAAUGCAGAGUUUCAACUUUAUGUUGUUGAACAUGCACAAAAUAGGGCGUUUAAUAUCAAUGAUGGGAAACCUUAUCAAUUUAACACACUUUGGCCGCAGAUCGCAGCAUAUUUUGGUUUGGAACUUCCGUCCCCACCAGCUCAAGAUGUCGAAAUCAAGGCAGGGGAAUUCUUGAAAGUUGUCCAUAGCGUUACGGAGUGGGCGGAAAGACAUAAAUAUGACUUUCCUAAACUUGUGAAAAAGUACGAUCUGGAUCCAAAAACCUUUGAGUAUGCAAAUUGGUCUAGUAUUGAGAUCGCAGCUGCGCUUCCUUACCCAAUUGUCGGGGAUAUGGAUUCUGCGAGAUCAAUUGGAUGGAAUAAGACGGUGGAUACUUAUACUGAUGGCACUGUCGCUCCAGUUUCAGCUAGCCAGAGCAUUCUCUUCACUUUAAUUCACUCAGUCUUUGCUGAAGAUCACUCAUGCACGAACUACUUGUUCGAUCCUCCAAUCACUCAAACAGAGAUGGAUGAGGAGUACAAAACAGCAGUCAAGUUCUUCAAUUACGACAAGGGCACUUUACCAACACCUAUCUUUGUUACUAGCAGAGGUCUUGAGAAUAUCUUGCCUUGGUUGCUCAAGACGGAGAGAGGCGAGAUCAGAGGUGGUUAUCUAUCACCCUGCAGUCAAGUCAGAAUUUCGCAAAUGGUUAUAACACUUAAGAAUAUUCUCUAUCAACAUAUAGAUUGGUCUCCAAAAUAUUUUUAUGAUCCUAAUAACAAAAUACAAUGUCGCUGGUAUUUAAUGUGUCAACGUGAAUUCACAUGGAUAGAAUCUACCCUACAUUUCCUCACACUUCCAAUAACAUUUUGGAACUUCCUUAGCUUUGAUGUUCUUGAACAACGCCCCAACCACUUAGAUCCCACCUUCAUAGUACCUACAGGCAAACCAUGCAAAAAGCCAUACCAAGAGUAUGACUAUUUACUCAAGAUCCCUGCAGAAAAGGAACAAGAAAAAAAGCAACCUGGAUCAAAGUAAAGUGAUUAUUAUAUUUCUUCUUUUAUUGGUACAUUUCAUUUAUAUAUCAUUCAAUAAAAGUGUUCUAAAAAGGGUGCACCAGUAAUUGCAAUUGGGUCAGGAACAUUAAGGGAUAUCCAAUGUAAGCACUGACCACCUCUUUCUAGGGUGCUGUCCGCGUAAUUGUCCGGCACCGAAAAAAAAGCCGGUGAUUGGUAACUGAACAGCCUCAUGGAAGGAAGAGACUUUCAAGCUAUACCGCUCGAUAAUACAGUAGGGCUUCACUAUACUCACUUACUACAGCUCUAUAAAUAUUUAAUGUCCUAUCCCCUUCAAAUUCUCAGGAUUCGGUGUGAUUUACUGAAUUUCUCUUCUCAAACGGUUCCUGAUAUAUCAAAAAUUCACUACGUUUGCCGAUUCAUAUAAAAGCGGACAUGUUGGUUACAAAGCUAUUAUUGGCUAAAUUAUUUCAGGUCCUAAUGCUCCAUAAGCUGAGUGCAAGCCUGGAAGUGGAUAUAGCCUCCAUCAUACUUUUUUAGGUUGUUGUCGGGUCGUCAAAAUUUGCGAUGCGGACGUGCUUUUAAGGGGUUCGGAAAUAGUGUCAAAACUUCUUUAUAUACUACAGUGUACUUCCGUUAUAGUACAUUU